CAGUCCUGGGCGGGGAGAGCUCGAGAGUGCGGGUUGCUGCACGCAGUGGGGUUCUUUGCGGCUGCACCACCCGCCCCCACAUCCUAGGCCGGGAUGCGGUCCAACAAAGUCCAGCCUGAGGCCGCGGUCGUACAGUUCACCAACUGCCGCAUUCUGCGUGACGGAAAGCUGCUCAGGGAGGACCUAUGGGUUCGAGAAGGACGAAUCCUGGAUCCACAGAAGCUUUUCUUUGAUGAGAAGAGAGCAGCUGAUGAGCAGAGGGACUGUGGGGGCCAUAUCCUAGCUCCAGGCUUCAUUGAUGUUCAGAUAAAUGGUGGAUUUGGGGUGGACUUCUCCCUGCCCAGUGAAGAUAUAGCUUCAGGGGUUGCUUUGGUUGCCAAGAAGCUCCUAUCUCAUGGGGUUACAGCAUUCUGUCCAACCUUGAUCACCUCACCGUCUGAUGUUUAUCACAAGGUCCUUCCUAAUAUUGCUGUGAAACGUGGUGGCCCUGAAGGAGCUGGGAUCCUUGGGGUACAUUUAGAAGGACCGUAUAUCAGCCGUGAGAAACGGGGGGCACAUCCUGAGUCCCAUAUUCGCACCUUUGAGGCUGGUGCAUUCCAGGAUUUGCUGGCUACUUAUGGAUCCCUGGAUAAUGUUUGCAUAAUCACUCUGGCUCCUGAACUUAGCCGAAGUGGUGAAGUCAUCCAGGAGCUAACUUCUCGUGGCAUCUGUGUGUCUGUAGGUCACUCCAUGGCCUGCUUGGAAGAGGCCGAAAAAGCUGUCCAGAAUGGAGCUGGUUUUAUCACCCACCUCUUCAAUGCCAUGCUUCCUUUUCAUCAUCGAGAUCCUGGCAUUGUGGGUCUUCUGACUAGUGACAAGAUCCCAGAUGAAAAGAGGGUUUUCUUUGGAUUGAUUGCAGAUGGGAUCCACACAAACCCUGCAGCUCUAAGGAUUGCACACAAGGUCCAUCCCAAAGGGCUUGUUCUGGUUACUGAUGCUCUCCCUGCCCUUGGCUUAGACAAUGGUCAGCACACAUUGGGUCAGCAAGUAGUUGAAAUAAAGGGGCUGAAAUGCUACGUGGCUGGCACCACGACGCUUUGUGGCAGUGUGGCCCCAAUGGAUGUUUGUGUUCGGCACUUUUUCCAUACCACAGACUGCAAGGUGGAGAUGGCACUCGAGGCUGCAUCCCUGCACCCGGCUCAGCUGCUAGGGAUAGAAAAACAAAAGGGGACCUUGAACUUUGGCUCAGAUGCAGACUUCGUGGUCCUCGAUGACUCCCUGAAUGUUAAGGCCACUUAUAUUUCGGGGGACUUGGUGUGGCAGGACAGUAAUUUCAGUCACUGAUGAGCUGGACCCAGGAGAAGACCCUGAUUCCCCUCCAGGGCUGCAGGGGCAGAGGCCCUGCCCAGCCCUCAGCUAGAUGCUACAUCUGCUUUGAGCUCAGCAGCUUCCUUGGGGUCUUAGACAUCUGAGGGAACAGAAGUUCCUGGCCUUUCUAGACCCUGCACUUGGAGUAAUACUGAACCUAAGCCUUGGACUUGAACAUGGACUCCAUGGGAGGGCCUCCUCUGUAGUGUCCUUCUCCCCAAAAUAAAAAGCUACUCCUUAUCCUGCUUCUCCAAGAUGAACCAUGAUGAGUAUUGAUUGGGGCCUUUGAUGAUCAGGCCUUGUCCCUGUCUAAUCAAUAACACUGAUGAAUGUGCAUCCUGAAGUGUUUUGUGUUCCUUUCUCUUUUUUUUUUAAAUUGGACUUAGCAUGGGUGUGGUCCAUUCAGUCUAGGUGGCCUCCCAUUUUGGAGGAGUUCCUGUGCUUGUUUCAAAGGUAUUUUCAAUU